GUGCUAUUCAUUGUAUCGAUCUAUUUACAAAUCUCGCGAUAUUUUGCAAAGUGCGCCACCUACUGACUGUUUACAUUUACAACAGUGUCACGUCAUACUUUCGCUUUCGUUUUCUGCCGUAGAAAUCAUCAAAAUCAUGUUUCGAGUAGUGGAACCUGAAGUCAAGAAGAGACGUCUGUUGUAUGACAGAUCUAAUCUCCAGAGAGCAUUUGAAGCCACUCAGAAGGGUAUUUCUGCAUAUAGGGCUGCAAAGAUGUAUUCUGUACCUCCAACUACAUUGCGGGACAGGAUAAGUGGCAGGGUUAAAGUAACUGCUAAAGUAGGCCAUGAGACCAUUUUCACUCAGGAAGAGGAGCAGAAGUUGUACAACCAUAUAACCUACAUGGCUGAAAUUGGAUAUGGCUACAACAAGAUGUCACUUCAGUACUUGGCAAAGGACUAUGCAGAUUCUUUGGGCAAAGUUGUAAGGGCUGACAAGUCACUGAGUGAUAAUUGGUUUUAUGGGUUCACCAAAAGAUGGCCAGAUCUUAAGACCGUAAAGGCACAAAAAUUAUCCAUUGCUAGGGCAAAAUCAGCUUCAAGAGAAACACUUAACAAAUAUUAUGAAGAGCUUGAAACAGUCUUAAUAUCAAACAAUAUUAAAGAUAAACCAAACAAGAUUUUUAAUAUAGAUGAAACCGGUGUAAAUACAGAACAUUCACCUCCCAAAGUAAUUUGUAAGAAAGAUACUACAGCCCAAAAUAUUACAUCAGCUAGAUCGUCAACAAUCACAUUGAUAGCUGCUGGAAAUGCAUUAGGUCAAAGUAUACCACCUUAUUAUGUAUUUCUGGGUCAGAGGUGGAAUGAAGAUUUUCUGAAAGGGUCAUGUCCAGGGUCAGCAGGAGAGAUGUCGAAAACUGGUUGGUCAAACUCUGAUGUAUUUUUGAAUUACCUGACAAAACAUUUCAUUUCCUAUGCAGCAACAACUGAUUCUGACACACCUACCCUCCUGUUAUAUGAUGGCCACAGAUCACACAUUUCAUUAACUUUAGCUGAAUGGGCCAAAGAACAUAAUAUUACAGUCAAACGUGUUUCUGGUAAUCUGUUACUUGACAAGAACAUUGAAAUUUUGACAAAUGCGUCAGUCAAGCAGAAUACCAGUACUACGAAGCACAAGAACCAGCUUAGUACUGGUGAGCCAAAACCAAGCACAUCUGGUCUUGUAAAAAGUGGUGGUCCAAUCAAUUUGGAGGCAGAAGAUGCUGAUGAAACUGAAGAUGAAACAACAGAUGAUGAGAGGUGCUGUGUAUGUAAUAGGUGGGAGCCAGCAGACUUACAUAAACACCUGUUUGUCACUAUUGUUUCAUGGGGAAAAUGUGACCACUGUUCCCACUGGACUCAUUUAAAAUUUUGCAGCACAGUGCGAGUGUUAAGACGUAAAAGUGAGUUCAGAUGCCCUCACUGCCUGCAAAAAGAUAAUUAG